AUGACCACCGCCAACGAUACGCCCACUGCCGUUCUGGCACCCACAGAAGCCUCCCCCCUUCUCGGGGACGGCCAUAUCGCUGACCAAACACCCAACUACUCCGGUCGAGAAGCUGAAGCCAAUGGCCCCCAAAAUGACCAAGAUGAGCCGGAGAGGAUGGGAAAUCCAGAGGUGGCCAAGAAGAUGCACCUGAUUGUGCCGGCUAUUGGCAUUGGCUUGUACCUCGUAGCUGUCGACCAAUUACUCACCGUAGCGGCUUACGCCAAAAUUGGAAACGAGUUAAACGCUCUCAAUAAUAUGAGCUGGAUAGCUACUUCAUACUUUCUCACCCUGACAGCUUUUCAGCCUCUAUACGGCAAACUCAGUGACAUAUUCGGACGCAAGGAAUGUCUCCUCUUCGCGUAUGCCAUCUUCGGCAUCGGCUGCGUGGGAUGCGGCCUCGCUCGAAACAUGGUCGAGCUAUGCGUCUCUCGCGCUGUAGCUGGCAUAGGAGGAGGAGGCAUGAAUGCCGUAGUGUCCAUCCUGAUGUCCUUCCUCGGCCAAGCACCACUCUGCUGCAUCGCCUGGCUAGCAGUCUACUUCGUCCUUGACCUACCCCGACCGUCUCACGACCACUGGCUCGUCAAGUUCCGCCGCAUCGAUUUCCUCGGCGCCUUCGCCCUCGUCCUGGCCGUCACCUCACUCCUCACCGGCCUCGACUUCGGCUCCAACCUCGGCUGGUCGAAACUCGCUACCAUCAUCCCGCUGUCCCUUGCUCCCGUCUUCUUCGCCGUCUUCAUCCUCAUCGAAGCCAGGGUUGCGUCCCACCCCUUCGCUCCCGCACACAUCAUCUUCCACCCUGCCCUGUUCGCCGGCUACCUGGGCAACUUCUUCGGAACGGCCAGCCAGUUCGGCGUGUUUUUCUUCGUGCCUCUCUUCUUCCAGGCUGUGCAGGGCCUGAGCGCCACGGAGAGCGGAAUGCUCUUGGUGCCGGGCAUGUUGGUCGGCGUUUGUGCGAGUUUGUUCGGCGGCUGGGUUAUCAAGCGGACGGGCAAGUUUUACGCCAUUACCAUUAUUAGCUAUGGUUUUAUUGUGCUUAGCUUGUUGCCUAUUUCGCUGUCCGUCUUGUUCAGAAGUACUCUUGGAGAGACUUUUGGAAACAUGGUGAAUGGCUUUGGUGGAGGCUGCGGCAUAACAACAAUCUUGAUCGGACUCCUCGCCAACUCCAACCAAGAUGAUACCGCCGUCGUAGUAGCAUGUUCCUACCUCUUCCGCUCACUCGGUUCCAGCAUCGGCAUCAGCAUAUCCUCCGCUGUCAUGCAGCAGACUCUGCGCAGCCAGCUUGCCGCGCGGUUACCGAAUGGCGAUCAAGCGCGGGAGAUUGAGGACCGCGUGCGUGAGAGCCUCGACUAUAUCAAGGAGUUGCCGCCGUUUUUGGCGGAUCAAGUGCGAAGGAGUUAUCAGUUGUCUAUAUUGGCGGCAUUUGCACCGACGUUGGUGUUUGGUCUGGCUGCAUUUGUGGUUACGUUUUGGGUCAAGGAGAAGAGUUUGAAGAAAUAA